CAUGAUGUCUUUUUUUUCCUGGAUGAUGAAGGCUUGAGAGUGUGUAGAGAGAGAGAGAGAGAGAGAGAGAGAGUCAGAGAGGAGAGAGAGAGAGAGUUACAACUUAAACAUGGUGUUUGAAGAAGGUCCUCUCUGUUGGUUGCUUGAGUUCUGACUGCUGUUUGCACUGUACAAGACUCAUAGAUUUGGUGGGUGUGUUGCAUCUGUGCUCGGUAGAUAGAUGAUGGAUUUUUCAGAGUAUACAAGAAUAGUGUUCAACAAAAUCAAGAAACUAGAACCAGAAAAUGCUACAAAGAUUAUAGGGUAUCUUCUUUUACAAGACCGUGGGGAUCAUGAAAUGGUUAGAUUGGCUCUGGGUCCGGACAACUUGAUUCAUGAAAUGAUUUACAAAGCCAAAGCCGAACUAUAUCAGUUGGCCACUAAGUCAACACCAUCUCCAAUCUCACCACUCAAGAGCCCAGUUUUCAGUCCUUUCUCACAUGUCUCAUCUAGGCCUUAUUCAUCAGCAACAGAAUUUGGUGCUUCAUCUCCUCGUUGGGAUCCUCAGCUAACUAGCAAGUAUGGUUCUGAUUUCAUUCUACGAGGUUGCUCAGAUUCUACUGCUGAAUUCCAAAACCAGACUCAUUUUUUGGGUUUAGAGGAUCCAAUAGAUCCUGCAAAUUGUGGACUUUCAGGAUUUUCGAACGAUUACUUCUACCCUGAUGCUGCAGUGGGGAACUUAAGUGUUAGAGCAAGUAGAAGAUUUUCAAGCCUGCCUGAAGUUCCGGUUAAGACUUGUCACUAUUUUAACAAGGGGUUUUGCAAGCAUGGAAGUAGCUGUAGGUAUUUCCAUGGACAAGUCAUACCUGAAAGCUUAUCUCAGAUGUAUGGAAAUGAUGCCGUCAAUGAGGAUCAAUUUUUCUCGCCUAGGUCGCUUGAGAAGCUAGAAUUGGAAAUAGUUGAGAUUCUAAAAUCAAGAAGAGGGAAUCCUGUUUCGAUUGCCUCUCUGCCUAUGAUAUAUUAUGAGAAAUUUGGAAAAGUUCUUCAGGCAGAAGGGUACCUCACUGAGAGCCAGAGACAUGGUAAAGCUGGUUAUAGUCUGACAAAGCUUCUUGCUCGUUUGAAAAACAGCAUUCAGUUGAUUGACAGGCCUCAUGGGCAGCAUGCAGUAAUUUUGGCAGAAGAUGCUGCAAAGUACAUGGAAAAUCGGAAUGAGAAAAGUGACCCUGGUCCAAUUGUCAGUGGUUCGCGACAGAUAUAUCUAACUUUUCCAGCUGAAAGCACUUUUACAGAAGAGGAUGUCUCCACCUACUUCAGUACCUUUGGUCCAGUUGAAGAUGUGAGGAUUCCCUGCCAACAGAAACGGAUGUUUGGGUUUGUAACAUUUAUUAGCGCAGACACGGUGAAAAUUAUUUUGGCAAAAGGAAAUCCGCAUUUUGUUUGUGGGGCCCGUGUUCUUGUGAAACCUUACAGGGAAAAAUCAAAACUUAAUGACAGCAGGAGAUUCCCAGAGAGAAUUGAGCCUCAAUUGUGCUAUUCUCCCAACUAUGUUGACAUGGAAUCUGAGCUUCAUGCAAUGCCAAGAGGAUGUGAAACCUCCAGGUUACUGAGGAGGCAGCUUAUGGAAGAGCAAGAGCAGGCCCUUGAACUUGAGAGGAUGCGUCUUGCAGAGCUGCAGUUGGCACGGAAAUCUACAAUUAGUCAGCCCUACUUUGGCUACAUGGAUGGGUUAAAAGUUUCGGAUGAUCCAUUAAAUCUCCCAUCUGCAGAGAGAUUCAAUUAUCUGUUGGAUGUUCUGAGUAAUGGCUCUGCUAGCGAUGAUGGUAAACCCAGGCAUACAGACACCCACACUGACCAAGAGAGGUAUGAAUUAAGCAGUCAGUCUAUUAAUCUCCCCGAGAGCCCAUUCGCAUCUCCAAUAGCUAGCAGCAUUUCUACGGUCAUAUAGAUUCAGCAACACAGAAGAUUAUAGAGAUAGAGUUCUGGUUUAAAGGCAACAUUGCUGGUUUUAUACACCCUUUUCUCAUUUCACGACAUGUUCGUCAAUCAAAUCAAAAGUUUCUGCAAGUAUAUACUGGCUAACAAAGAAACAGCGGAAGAAUAUCCUCCCCCUUACAUUGGGUUGAAGGAACUAGAAAAGAAGAAGAAUAUGAUACAUAGAAGUAUAUGUUAAAAGGUUCUACAGUUUCUUAAUCUCAAUCACAGAAAGAAGGCAAGAGAUUUGAAUAUUUAGCAGAGGAUGUAAUUAUUAGUCUUUAGUGGAAGAUAGGAACCAAAAGGUAUGCAAUGUUUUAAGUGGUUCUAGAGUCUCUACGACACUGAGCAGUUUAUGAAAAAUAUCUUCAACAAAAAGGUUUAGCAGCA